ACACUGGUGAGGUCAGCAUCAUGCUACAAUUUAAAGCGCAGAGAGGAGUUUCGUGACAGCUUCGCACUGCUGGUUAUUAUAAUAGAGAGUGAUUUGGGAAGCAGACCUCGCUCUCGCGAUGGAGUCGCGCGCCGCCAAAAGAGAAAUCAUUCAGAGGGUGUUUGUGAACCGGAGUUUGACGCUUGAAAACAUCAAGUGUUAUGGCUUCGACAUGGAUUACACUCUGGCAGUGUAUAAGUCUCCAGAGUAUGAGAGUCUGGGCUUUGAGCUGCUCAGGGACAGGCUGGUGUCUAUGGGAUAUCCACACGAGCUGCUGGGUUACAUGUACGACCCCACCUUCCCCACACGAGGUCUGGUGUACGAUACCACGUAUGGUAACCUGUUGAAAAUAGACUCCAAUGGAAACAUCCUGGUAUGCACUCACGGCUUUGAGUACCUGAGAGGCGAAAAGGUAGAUGAGUAUUAUCCAAACAAGUUCAUCCAGAGGGACGACACGAACCGCUUCUACAUCCUCAACACGCUUUUCAACCUAACAGAGACAUAUCUGUAUGCGUGCCUGGUUGACUUUUUCACCAAAAGCAGCAGAUACAAAAAUUGCAUGAAAGGGUUCAAACACGGUGACUUGUUCAUGUCACACAGAAGCAUGUUUCAGGACGUGAGGGACGCCAUGGAUUACCUUCACGAAACGGGGACUCUGAAGGAAAGAACUCUGAAGAACCUGGACAAGUAUGUGAUUAAAGAUCCUCGUCUUCCUGUGUUACUGGGCCGCAUCAAAGAGGUCGCCAAAGUGUUCCUGGCCACUAACAGUGACUUCAAUUACACCGAGGCAAUUAUGAAAUACUUACUGGAUUUUCCGUCUGGCUCUAAGAACCCCAAGAAACCGUGGCGCUCCUACUUUGAUCUGGUGGUGGUGGACACGAAGAAGCCCUUGUUCUUUGCAGGGGGCACAGUGUUACGACAGGUAGACACGGACACUGGGAAGCUGCGUAUUGGCACAUACACCGGAGACUUUCAGCAUGGGACGGUGUAUUCUGGAGGUACUCCGAUGUUCUUCUCAUCAGGAUGUGUUCACAAAUGCACUCCUCUGGCUUAUGUCAGUUAUCCUUAUUCAACCCCUUUCUUAGGAUCUUCUGAUAUUGUCUGUGAUUUGCUGGAUGUUAGGGGGAAAGACAUCCUCUAUGUGGGGGAUCACAUCUUCGGCGAUAUCCUCAAGUCAAAGAAACGUCAAGGCUGGAAGACUUUCCUGGUGGUUCCUGAGCUUGUGAAGGAGCUGCAGGUGUGGGCUGACAAAGCCAGCAUGUUUGAGGAGUUAAAACACCUUGACAUCUUCCUGGCAGAAUUAUAUCAGGAUUUGGACAGUGGAAGUCAAGAGUGCCCGGAUAUAACUGUAAUUCAGAACAAGAUAAAGAUGGUGACGUACGGCAUGGAUCUGUGCUAUGGGAAAAUGGGCAGUCUUUUACGCUGUGGCUCCACAAAAACCCUCUUUGCCAGUCAGUUACUGCGCUAUGCUGAUAUAUACUCAACCUGCUGCCUAAACCUCCUGAACUACCCCUUCAGCUUCCUCUUCAGAGCCCCUCUUGUCCUGCUGCCACACGAGGCCGCAGUGGAGUCUCAGACUAAAGAGCAGAUCCCAGAGCUGUCCGAGCACAUGCUCAGAUCCACCAGCAUCACGUGGCAAUGCGAGUGUGAAGACGGUGACUGUGGACAAGAAGAUAACUGUGCCCGAAAUAACCCACCUGCAUCCACAGAGACAUGAGGACUGAAUUCUUUCUUUAUUCUGUGUGUUUUUUACUGCUGUAAAAAUGUUUUACUUUAACAUUAUCCAUUCCUGUGUUUAACCUGAGUAUUCAUACACUGCACCGGUGUGGUUAAUAUGCAGUAUUUACUUCUGGCAGGUAAUUGUGAUUUAAAAGGAAUUUUAAAGUUUUUUUAUGUUAACAAGUUCUUUAAGUUAACAGCUUUUGUGUUGUUAUUUGUAAAGCAAAUGUAAAUCUUUAUUUAACCAUUUUAUAAAACUUUUAUAUUCUGUGUAUUUAAGACCUUUGGUAGAAUGUAGCUACUCCGUCUUUUGUACCUCAGUCAUGAACGCAUGAAAACUGAAGAACUGGGUUGCAGGAUUUUGAAAUCAAAUGUUUAUUUGCAUAUGUUUAUCAUAUAUCCUCCCAUGUGACAGAAUCCCAAUAAUGCAGGGAUUGACAUAAGUAGAAAGUCACUUUUAAAAAACAUUCGAUAACUUAAUAGUCCUAGGCUAUACCUAUUUAUGCAUUUACUAUUUUUCAGAAGCAUAUGGAAAAAAAUAUUAAAGCGCUAUAUUUUA